AGAAAAUACAAAAUCCAUAUUUUAGAUAAUAAUUUUAUAAACUUUUACACAUAAUUGUUAGUUAUCAAGUAACCUGAAUAUAUGCAUGUUAAAUAAUGAGUAUUCUACACUGGAAAUUAGGUGAUAUUGCACUUGCUCGCAUUUGCAAAAAGGUGUAUGCCAAAGUUCAAGUAAUCAAAGAUGAAAAGGGAUUAUUUUUCGAUGAUAAAGUUCUAGCAAUAUCCCCAAGUGAAGAUGGUAUAAAUGUAACAACAGAACUAUGUUACUAUGUGGAGACAAUUCGUACGAGAAAUAAAAUGUGGCUUCCAUACACAUGUUUACAUUUGGCUGAAAGAUCCAGACCAUUUUAUGGACCAUCUGAAAAAAUGCCUGUACCAAUCAAAGUCAAGCCUCCUGCAGUCCCUAGGAAGAGAAAAAUCAAAGAAGAUCACACAUUACCAUUGAGUGUAAAGCCAUUACAAUCAAGAGAACCAGACUUAAAUAUCACAUAUGACAUAACGCAUGUUCCAUUAAAACAAGGAAAAUAUGAAAAUGCUUUCAAAGAGUUUGUGAGGCGAGGAAAAGAGAUGCUUUUUGAUGAAUUUUAUUCACAACUACAAGAUAAUAAGGAAAAUGAGGAAUGCUUGUAUUAUGUUAAAAAUAUAGAUGCAAGUACAGAAGAUAAAUUUGAAAUGGUAAUAAAAAAAUCGGUAUCCGAGAAAGAAAUUGAGAAUUAUUUGCAUCAGUGCUGGAGGUAUAAUCUUGUACACAAACAAACUGAAAACAAAGAAAAUAUUGACAAUAAUAAAUCAAUAUCACCAGAGAAGAUGCCUAUAACUCUGCACAUACCGUGGUGCCUGGUGUGCGGGCAGGGAGACCGCCUGCGUCUCUGCCCUAACUGUCCCUCCUCCUUCCACCUCGCUUGCCGCAGAGAAUGGCUGGUCACUAUUAUACACCGUAAGAAACUACCAAGUAAAACCCAGAAGCAAGUGACUUUUGUGGAUAAAAUACUAUCGAGUACCCGCACUAUAUGCACUGUGAAGAAAGAGAAGGAGAAUGUGGAGCUGUGCCCCAGUUGCAUGUGGGGACCUAAAGUCGGUUACGAGGACGUGGUGUGGCACAAGCUGGGCGCGUGCGCGUGGUGGCCGGCGCGCGUGCUGGCGCCGGGCGCCGUGCCCGCCUGCCUGCUGUCCCGCUCGCACACGCACCACCAAUGGCCGCUCAAGUACUACGGUACAGAGAACCAUUCGUGGGGUGACAGCGGCCGCAUGUGCUUAUUCCUGCCGAGCCACACGGCGGCUCUGCGCGCCAGAGACCGCACCCUGCAACAAGCGGUGCUGGACGCCUGCGACGAUUAUAUAUCUGUCUACCUCACUUAAAACACCGUUGACUAGACGAGGGAAAAUCACUACUGAAACCAAGAAAUCAAAAAAAAAAUACCAAGAUGUCGUUUUUUUAGGUUAAUUUUUCAAUUUCGCUGUGAUUUUGUCUUGAUUUAGUAGUGAAUAGUUUUAUUUUUAUUUUUUUAAUACAGGGUUUUAUAGAUACAAUCAUUUUAAGAUCAAAUUUUCUUUAUUUGUGUAAUAAAAUUAUUAUAUUUUUAGGUUAUAGUAUUUUAGUGGUAUUUGUAAGACUUGAAUCAGAAAUUGUUAAAAGUGACAUAGAAUGUCUAUUUUUUAUUUCGUAUCUUGGAUACCUUUUUUCUUGUCAUUUUAUUUGUAAUCAAGAUUUUAUAGAUCUCUAUUAAGAAACUUGUGAUUAUCGUUUAUUUUUAAGUAUAAAUUACAUUACAAAUUUUAAUAAUUGUUAAGUUUUAACGAAGUGUAUUGUCACAUAAGUAUAAAAACGGUAGAGCUUGUGACCACUGGCUGAAAAACGCACCGAUACUGGUAAAAACCGGUUUACACGGCAUAGCCAGUGGACAAAAUAGGGUACGCGGCUCACUUUUAAUUAAUGGCAAUUUUGCAUAACUAUGUAAAGGGUAACACACCACAAAAAAAAAACAACAAACUUAACCUAUUGCGACAACCCUAUCAAAAUAGGUAACAAUAUUGAUCUUUUUAAAGAUUUUUUUCUCUACACCGUUUGUCUACUCAUGUGAUAUUAUUAUGUUUUCUUUUUUUUUAAGGUUUAUUUUU